AUGAAAAAAAAUUUUCUAAUAAAAAGAAUGGCUUCGUUAGCUCUACGUUCACUUAAAGGACUUUCUAAGAACGUAAGACAACUUUCAACAACAGUUCAACUUUGCUCCAACAAAGACAAUGUUAUGGAGAAAUGGCCUGCUGAGAAAUUUGAUAAACAUUUUAUUGACUAUUUCAAUAGACAAGAAAUUGAUGGAUGGGAGGUUCGUAAGGGACUCUCUGAAUUACAUAAUUUUGAUGUAAUCCCAGAUCCAGAGGUUGUCAAAGCUGCCCUCAAAGCUUGUAGACGUGUUAAUGACUAUGCUCUUUGUUUAAGAUUCAUGGAAGCCAUAAAAAUCAAAUGCGGAAGUAAGAAAAACCGUGAUAUUGUUUAUGGAUAUAUUAUCAAGGAAAUCAAACCACUUCUUGACGAACUUGGCAUUUCAACUUUGGAAGAACUUGGCCUUAAUGAGCCUGAAUUGUUUAUUCCACAACCAGAAUGUUGGUGGGAAAGAAAAUGGUACAAAGAAUAUGGAUUUGACAAAAAACCAGGUUAUGAAUUUUAA